UUUGUAUACACGCUACAUGUAGUUGUAGACUGCAGAGCAAAUUGAAUAGUAAACAAUGAAGCGCUGCCAGAGCUCCCGGCCGACGGCGGCAGUAGCUGCCGUCGUUGCAGCUGUCUCCAUGAUCAUCGUCCUCGUCUCCGGCACGGCCAUCCCGUCGGCGGCCGCGGCGGCGGCCGUCGAGCACACGUUCGUGGUGAGCCAGGUGAAUAUGACGCACUUGUGCAAGGAGAUGGCGUUCACGGUGGUGAACGGGCAGCUCCCGGGGCCGACGAUAGAGGUCACCGAGGGAGACUCCGUGACCGUGCACGUUGUCAACAAGUCGCCAUACAACUUAACAAUCCAUUGGCAUGGAGUGUACCAGUUGCUGAACUGUUGGAACGACGGGGUGCCGAUGAUCACCCAGCGCCCCAUCCAGCCCAACCACAACUUCACCUACCGGUUCAACGUCGCCGGGCAGGAAGGUACCCUGUGGUGGCACGCGCACGACGCCUUUCUCCGGGGAACCGUACACGGUGCUCUCAUCAUACGCCCUAGGCACGGCGCCGCCUCCUAUCCCUUCCCCAGGCCUCACAGGGAGGUCCCCAUCAUCAUAGGGGAGUGGUGGGAGAAGGAUCUUCCACAGGUGGACAGGAACAUGACCAACGGUUACUUUGAUGAUUACUCCAGUGGGUCAACAAUUAAUGGCAAGCUUGGAGAUCUCUUCAAUUGCUCCGGCGUGUUGGAAGAUGGGUACGUGCUGGACGUAGAACCUGGCAAGACGUACCUGCUGCGAAUAAUCAACGCGGCGCUCUUCUCUGAGUACUUCCUCAAGAUCGCCGGCCACAGGUUCACGGUGGUCGCCUCCGACGCCAACUACCUCACUCCCUACAGCACCGACGUCGUCGUCAUCGCGCCCGGCGAGACGCUCGACGCCAUUGUCGUCGCCGACGCGCCCCCGUCCGGCAGGUACUACAUCGCCGCCCAGCCCAUCCAGGCGCCGCCGCCCGACACGCAGACGCCGGAGUACGCCACCAGAGGCACGCUGCAGUACAGCAGCAACAGCAGGAACUCGUCAGCCGCUGCCAUGCCGGAGAUGCCGCACCAGCACGACACGAUGAGAUCGUUCUACUUCCGCGGCAACCUGACGGCCGGCGCGCGCCUCCACCGCCACGGCCGGCGGCGUGUCCCGGCGCGCGCCGACGAGAGCCUGUUCGUCACGCUCGGCCUCGGCUCCGUCUGCCGCCACGGCGGCGCGUCCUGCAAGAGAGGGGGCAACCUGAAGGAGUCCAUCGUGGUGGCGAACGUGAACAACGUCUCGUUCCACAUCCCCGCCGCGGCGGCGACGCCGAUCCUGGAGGCGCACUACUACCACCGCCUCCACGCCGGCGCCGGCGAGGAGGAGGAGGAGCUCGCCGAGCGGCCGCCGAGGGCGUACAACUACACGGACCAGGCGCUGACGCCGUUCGGGCCGGAGGAGAUGCGGCUGGAGGCGACGUCGAGGGCGGUGGUGACGCGGCGGUUCAGGCACGGCGCGACGGUGGACGUGGUGUUCCAGAGCACGGCGAUGCUGCAGGGGGACUCGAACCCGAUGCACCUGCACGGCCACGACGUGUUCUUGCUGGCGCAGGGCAUCGGCAUCUACGACGCGGCCAGGGAUGAGGGCAAGUUCAACCUGGUGAACCCGCCGAGGAAGAACACCGUGCUCGUCCCCAAUCUUGGCUGGGCAGCCGUCCGAUUUGUCGCCGACAACCCAGGGGCAUGGUUAAUGCAUUGCCACUUCGAAUUCCAUUUGUCGAUGGGCAUGGCUGCAGUGUUCAUUGUAGAGGAUGGGCCAACAGUGGAUACAUCUCUCCCCCCACCACCGGAAGAUUUCUAGGACGGAAGGCCAUGAAGAGAAUCUCCUCUCCUGCGAAAUUAAUUCUUACCUCCAAGUCUCAGGAGGCAUGUACCUAAAAAUAUAAUUUUCCACCGUUAAUAGUUUUCGAAUAAACUAGAUAAACUAAUGAAUCACAUGUAUGUUUUCUUCGAGACAAAAUGUAUCUGUGUGAAUUUCAUAUAUCUUUCCUAAACAUUAAUUGAUUAGGCUGUUAUGCCAAAAAGAUCUCUAUCAACAAAUAAGGUAGUACGCACAUUUAUUCAUAGAGAUAGGUGUGUGUUUAUAUGUUUCGAUUUAUCACAAUCAUAAGACUAUAAGUCCACAGGGUGUGCGCGCCUUUUUAAUAGUGAGUACGCAUGCAGUUACACAUGUAAGUAUAUGCAUCUGUAAUGUAUUUGCAAUAAGAAAAAGAAAUGCACUAUUGCUACGAUGCUA